UCCAUGGAACCUCAGGGUGCAGGGUAGAGAGCGUUUCAGCAGGGGGCGCCUGCGAGUAAGAGAGAGAAAAGAGCAGGGAUUCACAAGUGAAGCAUUUACUCCACGGAAGCUCAUGGAUUUGAAGAAAGUCUUGUCUUUCCUUCCAUAUCCCGGGAACUACCUCCACCCAGUGGUUUACGCCUGCACUGCAGUCAUGCUGCUCUGUCUUCUGGUCUCCAUGGUCACCUACAUGGUCCACCACAGUGUGAUCCGCAUCAACAGGAAGGGCUGGCACAUCCUCCUCAACUUCCUCUUCCACACUGGACUCACAUUCGCAGUUUUUGCUGGAGGCAUCAACCAGAUCCACCUUCCACUGGUGUGUCAGAGUGUGGGUGUGGUUCUCCAUUACUCUUCUCUGUCCAGCAUGCUGUGGCUGAUGUUCACUGCCAGGAACAUCUGCCACGAUGUGUCCAAAGACGCCCUACAGGCCCAGAACAGGAACGGUCCGACCAAGCCCCGAAGUGAACCAACCAUCCUCAGAUUUUAUCUCAUCAGUGAUGGAAUUCCUCUCAUAAUUGUUGGCGUGACCGCAGCCUUUGGUCUGGACAACUAUGGGAGCAGCGCCAACACUCUGUAUUGUUGGAUGGCGUGGGAACCAAGCCUGGGAGGUUUCUACAGCCCAGUGGCUGUUCUGGUCCUGGUGAUGUCCGUGUACUUCCUCAGCACCUACAUCCAGCUCAAACGCCACCCAGAGAGGAAGUACGAGCUGCGUGUUGUGAGUGAGGAGCAGCGGUUGUCGUCCUGUGACUCCAACCAGUACUGCUGCACAGAGGCUGGACCAGCGUCAGAGCCUGUUGGAGACGGUUCAGCGUUUGCUGCGGGUGUUUCCAUGUUGGCCAAUGAGCAAUCGUUCAAGUCUCAGCUCCGGGCCACAGCCUUCACUCUUUUCCUCUACCUUUCUACCUGGGCUUUAGGAGGCCUGGCGGUGUCACAGGGACCCCUGCUGGACAUGAUCUUUAGCUGCCUGUACGGGGCGUUUUGUGUCAGUCUAGGAUUAUUCCUCCUCAUCCAGCACUGUGCCAAACGGGACGACGUGUGGCACCGUUGGUGGGCCUGUUGUCCAUCCAAGUCCAAGUCCAAGUCAGAGGAUAAGGAUGGAGGUGGACAGAGUCGUACACAGGUUGUCCAUCAGAGCCAUUCUCACCUGGGCUCUCCAUACUCAGGAAAACAGCACUCUCCACAGCUUCUGCAGAGUUCUUACCACAAGGUGGCUCCACCUUCCCCAAGCACAGGUCCGUGCUGCGUAGCUGUGAUAAGUCCAGUCGUACCUCUUAAAGAGCCAACGUCCUCACCAUGUCCACAGCCUCUACCUGAAGAACUCCCUCGUCCUGUCCUGCCUCUGCAGAGCUGCCUCGUGGACAGAGCAAAGUCCCACUCCUUCAGCCGUCCUCGCCCAUGCCUGCAGGACUUUCGCACUCACUUGAACUCUGUCAGUAUGGAUGGCUGUGUGCAGAGCCCCCAUGUGGACAUUCCUGUACACCGUCUUCAAAGGUCCAAAAGCCCACACCCAGACCUGAAACUUCCCUUUACCAGUACAGGUUCCUGCCACACCCUGCAGAGGCAGACUUCCUGCCACAGCGUGCAGGACUCAAAGCCCUCCUGCCAAAACCAUUCACCAGACGUGGUCGACCGCAUCACUUCCUGCCACAGCCUGCACCUGCCAGCUCAUGCAGUCCACACCUGCCAGUGGAGCAUGUGUAGUUCAGGAGAUCCUUCUUCCAGCCCAGGUUGUUGUUAUGACCAACUUGAACCCUACACUUCUCAGUAUCGACAAGAACCUGAUUCCUACAGCUGCACACCAAAGACUCCUGCAAAAGACAAGUACACCCUCUCUGUUGAUGUGGAGCAGAAAGGCUUCCCAAGAAACACUCUUCCUCGACGUCACGGAGCCGUGAGCCUGCGAGACACCAUCACCAGAAACAGGAGUCUGCAGGAGGACAACUUCUACGGUUUAGAUGUUUCUAGAAACAUCAGGACUGGUCCUUGGAAGAAUGAAACCUCUGUGUAGUUUUCAAAAGGUUCUAGGUUGUACCACAACGGAGCUCUCCUUCAAGUGGCUCCUUCAGGGAGUACAUGGUUUUCACUGCCUUUAGAUGUGCUCCUAAUCUUUGGAGGAAUCUUCCAGUGGGACCUUGAAUCCCCAGGGCCUGAAAUCCCUUUAUGACUGAAGAGUCUUUAGGUGAAACAAAUCAGCUGUAAAAUUAUUUGUUCCAAAGCUUCAGUUGUACAGUUACAGUAUUUCAUAGCUUGUAUCGGUUGGUAGCCCUGCUCCUCAGUCUCCUACAGUCUGGACCACACAGACUCGUGUAAGACCGUUGAUCCACCUCUAGUCAGCAUUCCUUGCCUGACACACCACCGUGACGCCCAUAACCAGAGAACCUUCCUGGAACAAGUCUUAGUUUACGAGAUGGAACCAAAGCUAACGACCUUUCACUGCAGGAGGUUAAAAAAAAGAAAGUCAAACUAGUUAUCACCUAUUUCCCCUUUAGCAGAAAAAACAGACUAAAGACUUUUUUCAAAGUCUGGGGAGUAAACCUGCACGGCCAAGUUCAUAUUCAUGCAAUUUACCUAGAAAUCGGCGGUUUGCCUAAGUCCUAGAUGGACCCUGUAGACAAACCCACACUGAUCCCACCUUUCAAUCCACCUUUAAAUACAUUGGCUUAUCCUGGCACUUUAGCUAUAAGUGUGAAUUUAAGAUUUACUAGUUUAUAAAAACAGUGAAUAUAGGUGUUGAAGAUGACGCAUGUGUGUAUAUAUAUACACACACAUAAAUAUAUAUAUAUAUAUAUGUAUAUAUAUAUAUAUACACACAGUAACAUGUCCUAGUUUUCAGGACUGGUACUAGACUCCACCUCCUGUUUCCAAAGAAACUGACAAUUUCAGCUAGAAUUAUCAGGACCCCUGUUGGCCCCUGUUGGUACUACACCUGGCACAGAUCAUUGAAAUGGUUUUUACAUCCCGUCCUUGGUUUAAUGUAGCGUGAGCAUGUGUGCGUUUCUGUGUGCAGCUGUGCAUGAACUGGUACAGUCAGCCGUGGUGUGUUCGUGUUUCAAACAUGACCUUGUAUUUACACUUUAAUAUUUGAUGGGUGGAGUUUUACAUUCACUACUGUCUUUGUUAUAAGGUUUUGUACCAAAAUGUGUCGGACGUCAGCUGCCCAACGACAAAUAUUGCACUAACAUGACAAAUGUUUAACGUCGUCCACCCAGAGCGGGUGACAAGACGAAGACAGUGUGUGUCAAAGCACAAACCUGCAGCUAGAGCAUGAAAACUACCUACUGUGAGGAGGACAGUGACAUCACACACCCUCAAUGUUGUAGCAUCAAAGUCACUACAUCUCAGGAUUUCAGACUGACCUGAACAUCUUCACAGACAGACUUUACUCCCAGUCAAAGUCUGUGGCCAACAAAGAGAAGUUAGUUAGUAAAAAAACCUUCACUUUCUGCUAAAUGCUAACUGACCAAUCAAACCAAAAAAAUGAAAAUAUUUUUUAACUCUAACCUUAAAAAAAUACCUAGAGAUUUUCUGAGCGCUGCAUCUGUAACUACUGAGGCCAGGACUCCAACCCUGACCCUGACCCUGGACUCUCUAGAUGAAGAACUUCUGUAGUCCACUUUUUACAACUCUUUGACUGUCUCCAAGAACAUUUAAAACAGUUCCAGUCCUUCCACUGUACCUGCGACACAUCGUGGUCACAUGGUCUGAUGCUCUACACACAAAGUGAUGAAACAGACAAUCAAGGCCUGGACUAGGUCCUCAAGGACCUCAAUGUUCCAGGAGGCUCUACAGAGUGUCACCCUCUCUCUCUCUUCCUGUCACCACUCCCUUGUUGGAGGUUGUCAACUUCAACGACUGUUGUUGUCCUGCUGUUGGUGACACUGACCACCAGGCAACAAAGUCAGAGCAGAUGUUGUAUAUGCACUAUAAACAAAGCUCUACUGUGAUUCACCUGCACGGGUCAGGUACUGCAGUACUCACUGAGUAAAGAAGCCUCACAGAGUUUGGUGACUUCAUUUCCUGUUUUUCACCCCAGGUCCAGUGUAACUUUAUAGAAGUGUGUCGACUAUUUUAAUGUGAUUAUUUGACGUGUGUGAAAAGUUCACUGUAGAAAAUAAAGUUUGACUGACAGACAGUCCAA